CCCCCCCCCCCCCCCCCGAAAAGCUGGAGAGGCGAGCCCCGGAGGAGGAAGGCUAGGGUUAGGUUCACCACUCACCGUCGCCUGGGCGAGUGGCGAGAUGGCCGCCCCUGCCCCCGCUGGCACCGCCGGCUCACCGUCGCCGCCGCCACAGCUGCCGUCGCCGUUCGCGGAGCUCGUCAAGAGCCCCUCCGGCCUCGAGAAGGUCGUGCUCCGCGGCUCUCGCAACUGCUGCGUCGAGGUCUAUCUUUAUGGAGGUCAAGUAACAUCAUGGAAGAAUGACAACGGGGAAGAGUUGCUUUUUCUCAGCACCAAGGCUAUCUUCAAACCUCCAAAAGCCAUUCGUGGUGGUAUACCCAUCUGCUUUCCCCAAUUUGGAACUCAUGGAAAUCUUGAGCAACAUGGGUUCGCAAGGAACCGGUUUUGGACCAUUGACAACGACCCACCUCCUUUACCAGCAAACCCUGCUAUUAAAGCUUAUGUUGAUCUGAUUCUGAGGCCUUCUGAAGAAGAUUUAAAGAUCUGGCCUCAUAGUUUUGAGUUUCGCUUGAGAGUUGCUCUUGGACCUUCUGGAGAUUUGAGUCUCACAUCUCGAAUCAGGAAUACCAACACUGAUGGAAGACCUUUCUCUUACACAUUUGCAUAUCACACAUACUUCUCUGUCUCUGACAUAAGUGAGGUGCGUGUUGAAGGGCUGGAAACAAUGGACUACCUUGACAACUUGAAGGCAAAGGAGCGUUUCACAGAGCAAGGAGAUGCUAUUGUUUUUGAAUCGGAGGUUGAUAAAGUUUAUCUUGCCGCACCCUCAAAAAUUGCAAUAAUAGAUCAUGAGAAGAAAAAAACAUUUGUUGUGACAAAAGAAGGGCUUCCAGAUGCUGUUGUUUGGAACCCUUGGGACAAGAAGGCUAAAGCUAUGCAAGAUUUUGGGGAUGGAGAAUACAAGAACAUGUUGUGCGUGGAACCUGCAGCUGUUGAGAAGCCUAUUACUCUGAAGCCUGGUGAAGAGUGGAAAGGAAGACUUGCCCUCUCAGCUGUCCCUUCCAGUUACUGUAGCGGACAAUUGGAUCCAUUGAAGGUGCUUCAGGGCUGAGAAACCUCAUUUUCUGCAUCUUGUACAGGAGAACUUCAUUGCCCUUCUUAUUUGAUGCUGGGCUGGCGUCAACGCCGCUUCGUCCUUUCGCCAUUUUCAUCCCCCAUAUUUCUGUCCUUUUUUGUAUCUAGAAUUUGAGUGGUAGGUUACUUCUGAAUAACAGACUGCCAGCUGCUUUGAGCUUAGAAUGAGAUCUCACCUCAACGGUGAGUGAUACCGGUGGACACAAUACUGGCAUCAGUGUCGUAGUUUCAUAAAUCAUUGCAGUGCUGCGUAAAUUCCUUUGCAUUGUGUUUGGUGCUUGCCGACCUUCACAGUUGAUCAUCCUUGGGAUCUCUGGGAUCUUCAACCUGCCUGUGGAGGAAGGCAUGAAGUACAAUUUCAUUUCCUUCUGUUCGCAUCUUUGUCACAGAUUAUGAUAACGGGUGCACGGUUGAUGGUUGA